AUGGGUGCAUACAAGUAUAUGCAAGAGAUCUGGCGCAAGAAGCAGUCGGAUGCUCUUCGCUACUUGCUCCGUAUCCGCACGUGGCACUACAGACAAUUGAGCGCCGUCCACCGUGUCGUCCGCCCAACAAGACCAGAGAAGGCUCGCCGUCUCGGAUUCCGCUCAAAGCAAGGAUUCGUCAUCUACCGUGUCCGUGUCCGCAGAGGAAACAGAAAGCGUCCAGUCUGCAAGGGACAAACCUACGGAAAGCCAAAGACCCAUGGAGUCAACGAGCUCAAGAACGCCAAGUCUAAGCAAGCCGUCGCUGAGGGACGUGCUGGACGUCGUCUCGGAUCCCUCCGUGUUCUCAACUCAUACUGGGUUGCUGAGGAUUCCACCUACAAGUUCUACGAGGUUAUCCUGAUCGAUCCAUUCCACAAGGCCAUCCGCAGAACCGCUGAUACCCAAUGGAUCACCAAGCCAGUCCACAAGCACCGUGAGCAAAGAGGACUCACAUCCGCUGGACGCAAGUCUCGUGGACUCGGAAAGGGAUGGCGCUUCUCAGCUACUCGCGGAGGAUCUCAAGCCAAGAACUGGAAGAGAAAGAACACCAAAGUUUUCCACCGCAAGCGAUAA